UUAAUUGUUUGUGACCUAUUGACCCUAACCCUGGUAGUAAUCACAAUUCACAAAUCGAAUGCAUUAUUGUCCCUACCAUUAUAUAUCCACCUAAUCAAAUGCAUAUUCACAAUUCACAAAACUUAUUUUUCCUUUCAUUCUUUCCCUUCAUAUUCUGCCAAAAAUUUCAGUGAGAAAGAGAAAAAAUGGUUCUUUCUCAAAAGCUUCACGAAGCCUUCAAAGGCACUGUAGAGAGAAUCACAGGCCCAAGAACCGUUUCCGCCUUUAAAGAAAAAGGAGUUCUUAGUGUCUCCGAAUUCAUCACCGCCGGUGAUAAUCUCGUUGCUAAAUGCCCUACUUGGUCAUGGGAAUCGGGCGAGCCAAGCAAGAGGAAGCCAUAUUUACCAUCUGAGAAACAAUUCUUGAUUACUAGAAAUGUCCCUUGUCUGCGGAGAGCUGCAUCAAUUGAAGAAGAAUAUGAAGCUGCCGGAGGGGAGGUUCUACUUGAUGAUGAAGAUAAUGAUGGAUGGCUAGCAACUCAUGGAAAACCUAAAGAAAUUAAAUCUGACGAAGAUGAGAAUUUACCUUCCAUGGAAAGUCUAGAAAUCAGCGAAAAGAGUUCUAUUAAGCCAGUUUCUUCCUUCAAGGGAGGUGAGGAUGAUGAAGAUAUUCCUGAUAUGGCAGAGUUUACAGAAUAUGACAACAUUAUUGAGACAGAUCCGUCCACAUAUCUAGUAGCUCAUGAACCUGAUGAUGAUAAUAUUCUGCGUACCCGCACCUAUGACAUCAGCAUCUCGUAUGAUAAGUAUUAUCAAACACCUCGUGUGUGGCUUACUGGAUAUGAUGAGUCAAGAAUACUAUUGCAACCAGAACUUGUUCUUGAAGAUGUCAGCCAAGACCAUGCACGCAAAACGGUAACAAUUGAGGACCAUCCUCACUUGCCUGGAAAACAUGCAUCUAUUCAUCCUUGCCGACAUGGAGCAGUAAUGAAGAAAAUCAUCGAUGUGUUGAUGUCACGUGGAGUUGAGCCUGAAGUUGACAAGUAUCUGUUUUUAUUCUUGAAGUUUAUGGCUUCUGUAAUUCCAACAAUUGAGUAUGAUUACACCAUGGACUUUGAUCUCGGUAGCUCUAGCAAUUGACCAAGAAGGUAGCUGCACGUACAAGUAUAACACGAGCAUAAUCUCCUUACCAAAUCUUUCUUUGUUUUCGCGCACAUUAGUUUGGUCUUUUGAAUAGUAGCUGUGUAGAAUUUGGACAGAUUUCCGUUCGAGAUAUGUAAAUAUUUCACAUACCAUAUUCUUAAGACUAUGUUGCUCCCUGCAAUAUAAAAUUAUUGGAUUCGUAGUUUGUUUUAAA